GCAACGUUGCUGUUUUGGAAUCAUGGAUAGAUUUUCAGUAUUUCAGAAAAUUGAAAAACAGCAUAAUGAAAUAUAUGAUAUUCCUUAUUAUAAAAUGAUGGAGAAAUACAUACGAUUUUUGGGACAAGAUCCACGUCAAAAAAGUGAAUUUAGAAAUAUUAUCGUAUUUACAUUGAUAAUUAGUAUCGCAAGUAUUGUCAUUCCAACGACAUUUGAAUUAUAUAUAUCAUUACGUAACAAGGAUAUGGACGGUGUGAUUGAGUGUUUACCGCAUUUUAUCGCAUCUUCGAUUAGUGCCAUUAAACUAUUAAAUUUACAUUUCAACAGACAAAAUUAUAACAUAUUGCUCCAUUUUGUGACAAAAAAAUGGCAACAAUUAAAAUCAACAUAUGAAUUAAAUGCUCUUGAUGAAACAAUCAUGCAAGGCAAAAGAAUGGCACAAUUGUAUCGAAAUACCUUAUUUUCUUUUCUGAUUUUGUUCUUGCUGGUUCCACUAGUUUCUCCUAUUCUGGAUAUUGUUCAUCCAUUAAAUCAAACUCGAUCUCGACAACAACUACUUAGAGUUAAUUAUCUCAUUUUCGACACUGAUGACUAUUUUUUUUACGUAUAUUUACAGUUAGCUUGGGGAUCAAUUAUUGUUGUACUGACUAUAAUCGCUGCUGAUUGGUUCUAUAUUCUUAUAAUUCACUUUAACAGUGGAUUAUUUGCGGUGUGUGGAGUUCAAGUAUUAGAAGCAACAAUGAAUUCGAAUUUAAUUUCUAAAGAUGCGUUGUCUGAGAAUUCGUCGUAUGAAAAAUUUAGAACUUGUGUAAUCAUGCAUAAUGAAGUUAUAGAGUUUUAUAAUAUUUUGAACGAAAACUGUCAGUAUAGUUACUUAAUUCAGGUUGGAUUAAAUAUGCUGGGCAUGAGUACGACAGCUGUUCAAACAGUUAUAAAUUUAAAUAGACCGGAUGUAGCAAUUAGAAGCGCUGUAUUUUUUGGUGCCGAUCAGUUUCAUUUGUUUUUGCUCAGUCUACCUGGACAAAUACUUUUAGAUCAUUGUGCUGAUUUUGAAAAUACUAUAUAUGAUUCCACGUGGUAUGGAACAUCAUUGGAAAUUCAAAAAAUGUUUUAUAUGAUGCAAAUAAGAAGUAAAAAACUAUGUGCAUUAACUGCAGGUGGAUUAUAUGAUAUGAAUAUUGAAAACUUCGGAAUAACUUUUAAAACAUGUAUGUCAUACUUCACGAUGAUAAUGUCCGCCAUUCCGUUUUCACAUUUAGUAUUUCAGAUAUAUGAAAGACAGUGUCUUGAUAUAUUUGAGAUCCCUUAUUACAAAUCAUUGAAGAAAUGGUUAACAUUAUCAGGAUUAUAUCCACCUAGAAAUAUUAUCAUAAUUUUAGUGGCGAUUUCCAUUAUAAGCGUUACUCUGCCAUUGAUGCUCGCAAUAUACACAUCAUUAUGUGCAAAGAAUAUAGAUGCUAUGCUUGAAUGCUUGCCGUCUUUAGGUGUAUGUGUAGUUGCUAUCUUUAAACUACAAAAUAUAUAUAACAACAGUGAAAACUUCAAAAAAUUAUUUACAUUUGUGGCAAAACAAUGGUAUCAGUUGAAAUUAAACAAUGAAAUACGAAUCCUGGAAGAAAUCAUAAUGCAAGGCAAUAAAAUGGCACAAAUAUAUCGAAAUACAUUAUUGGUCGCUAUGAUAAUUUUUUUUUUCGUACCAUUAAUUUUUCCUAUUUUGGACAUUGUUUAUCCUUUAAAUGAAACUCGACCAAGACAACAACUAUAUAGAGUUAAUUAUUUGAUUUUUAACCACGAAGAUUAUUUUUUUUAUGUAUAUUUUCAAUUAGUUUGGAGCUCAUUUGUUUGUGUGAUAAUCGUAAUUAUUUUUGAUUGGUUGUAUAUUCUUAUAAUUCAUCAUAAUAGUGGAAUGUUUGCAGUAUGUGGGUACCAAAUUCAAAAAAUAUUCACUGAAAAAGUUUUUUCGAAUAUACAUAUAUACGAACAAUUUAAAAAUUGUUUAAUCGUUCAUAAUGAAGCUAUUCAGUUUUUCGAUAUUUUAGACGAGAGUAGUCGAAAUACUUAUUUCUUUUUAGUUGGAACAAAUAUAAUGGCAACAAGCAUAUCAGCUGUACAAAUAGUUUUAAAUUUAGAUAAAUUGGAGAUAGCAAUUAAAAGCGCUGUAUUUCUUAUAGCUGCCCAAUUUCAUUUAUUUAUUCUUAGUAUACCUGGACAAAUACUUUUGAAUCACUAUUCUAAUUUAAGAAAUAAUAUAUUUAUGUCUGCAUGGUAUAAUAUGCCAAUAGAAGUUCAAAAAAUGUUUUAUGUGAUGCAAAUAAGAUGUAAGAAGACAUGUUCAUUAACGGCAUGUGGAUUAUACGAAAUGAAUAUGGAGAACUUUGGAACAGCUCUAAAAACGUGUAUGUCAUACAUUACUAUGAUAUUGUCAUUGAUUUUUACAGUUUUAGAAAGAAAAAUACGCAUAGAUUUAGAUCAUACAAAUUCACUCAAAGACAUUUACUUCAUACUGAUCGUACAAGUUGCAACGUUGCUGUCAUGGAUAUAUAACAUAUUGCUCCAUUUUGUGACAAAAAAAUGGCAACAAUUAAAAUCAACAUAUGAAUUAAAUGCUCUUGAUGAAACAAUCAUGCAAGGCAAAAGAAUGGCACAAUUGUAUCGAAUUUCUCCUAUUCUGGAUAUUGUUCAUCCAUUAAAUCAAACUCGAUCUCGACAACAACUACUUAGAUUAGCUUGGGGAUCAAUUAUUGUUGUACUGACUAUAAUCGCUGCUGAUUGGUUCUAUAUUCUUAUAAUUCACUUUAACAGUGGAUUAUUUGCGGUGUGUGGAGUUCAAGUUUUAGAAGCAACAAUGAAUUCGAAUUUAAUUUCUAAAGAUGCGUUGUCUGAGAAUUCGUCGUAUGAAAAAUUUAGAACUUGUGUAAUCAUGCAUAAUGAAGUUAUAGAGUGCUAUAGUUACUUAAUUCAGGUUGGAUUAAAUAUGCUGGGCAUGAGUACGACAGCUGUUCAAACAGUUAUAAAUUUAAAUAGACCGGAUGUAGCAAUUAGAAGCGCUGUAUUUUUUGGAGCUAAUCAAUUUCAUUUGUUUUUGCUCAGUCUACCUGGACAAGUACUUUUGGAUCAUUGUGCUAAUUUUGCAAAUGCUAUAUAUGGUUCUAUGUGGUAUGGAACAUCAUUGGAAAUUCAGAAAAUGUUUUAUAUGAUGCAAAUAAGAAGUAAAAAACUAUGUGCAUUAACUGCAGGUGGAUUUAAAAUUAAUUUAAAUUUAAGACAUUUAGUAUUUCAGAAAACCGGAAGACAGUGUCCCAAUAUAUUUGAUAUUCCUUACUAUAAAAUGGUCGAGAAAUAUUUUCAACUUUUGGGACAAGAUCCGCGUUUAAAGAAUGAGUUCAGAAAUUUUAUAGUAACAAUGGUGGUGAUUAGUAUUUCAGGCAAUAUUGUUCCAACGUCAAUAGAGUUAUAUACGUCGUUAUGUGACAAGAAUAUGGAUGCAGUGAUCGAGGGUCUACCACAUUUUAUCGCAGCUACUAUUAGUGCUGUUAAAAUAUUAAAUAUAUAUUUCUAUAGAGAAAACUUUGACAAAUUAUUUCAAUUCGUAACAAAUGAGUGGAACAAGCUGAAAUUAAAUAAUGAAUUGCAUAUUCUCGAUAAAACUAUUAUACGAGGAAACAAAACAGCACACUUAUAUCGCAGUGCAUUGUUAAUAGCUUUGGUAUUGUUCUUAUUGAUUCCAUUAAUUUCUCCUAUAUUAGAUGUAUUUCUUCCACUAAAUGAAACUCGACCACGACAACAACUUCUCAAAGUUAAUUAUUUGAUUUUUAACGAUCACGAUUACUUUUUCUAUGUAUAUUUGCAACUUGCUUGGGGAUCAAUUAUAGUUGUGGUGACUUCAGUUGCCGUAGAUUCAUUAUUGAUUCUCAUAAUUCAUCACUGCAGCGGAUUAUUUACAGUUUGCGGAUAUCAAGUGCAAAAAGUAAUAAGGAAUGCAAAAUCGUUUAAUGAAACUGUUUUAAAUAAUUAUACGUACGAGCAAAUUAAGAAUUGCGUGAUCAUGCACGAUGAAGCCAUCCAGUUUUAUAAUAUUCUGAAUGAAAGUAAUCGAAAUAGUUAUCUUAUUCAAGUUGGGUUAAAUAUGUUGGCCAUAAGCGCGACAGCUGUCCAAGCAGUUGUAAAUUUGGAUAGACCAGAAGAAGCAAUUAGAAGCGCUGUAUUUUGCGGGGCUAAUCAAUUCCAUUUAUUCGUACUCAGUUUACCUGGACAAGUACUCUUGGAUCAUUGUUCUGAGUUUUCAAAUAACAUAUACAAUUCCAUAUGGUAUAGAGCACCUGUGCGAAUUCAAAAAGUACUCUACGUAAUGCAAAUAAGGAGUAAGAAAUUAUGUACGUUGUCGGCAGGUGGAUUGUAUGAAAUGAACAUAGAAAAUUUCGGAAUAACCUUUAAAACGUGCAUGUCGUAUUUCACAAUGAUAAUGUCGCUGAAAUAA